UCCGCUGAAGAAUGCAGUGCUACAAAUCUGUGCGAAUCGGGCUGCUGCUCAAAAUAUGGCUUCUGCGGCUUUGGAGAUGAUCACUGCGGAUCUGGCUGUCUCAGCACCUGUGACGCCAUCGAAGAUGAUGGUUUGUCCGGUGGAGGCAGUGAGUGCAGUGCCAGCGUACCUUGCAAGGUUGGCUGCUGCUCGAAAUAUGGCAACUGCGGUUAUGGGGAAGAUUAUUGCUCCAAGGGAAAAGGCUGCGUGAACAACUGCGGUCUCAAAUCUGAGUGUGAUGCUGGCUGGGGUUUAGACUGGGCCGAAAGCAAAAAGUGUCCGUUGAAUGUCUGUUGCUCCAAGUACGGCUUUUGUGGUACUACCGAGGAUUUCUGUGGCGAGAAAGACAAGGUCGAUCGCCCUUCAUGCUCCGUGGGUAGCCAGAGCAUCAACCGUGUUGUAGGAUACUAUGAGGAAUGGUCUGAGGCUCGUCCUUGCGGUGGCAUGAUCCCAGAAGGUAUUCCGGCUGGUUACUACACUCAUAUCAACUUUGCCUUUGCAAACAUCGACCCAGAUACUUUCGCAAUCACUGCAUCGGCUGACCGUGACGAUGAGCUAUGGAGACGAGUCCAGAGUUUACGCCUGGAACAGCCCGGUGUGGAGAUUUGGAUUGCUCUUGGAGGCUGGGUGUUCAAUGACGCUGAACAACCUACGGCUACAACCUUUUCCGACAUUGCUGGUUCUGAGAUAAACCAAAAACUAUUCGCCAAGUCCCUACUGGCUAUGAUGUCCACCUAUGGCUUUGAUGGAGUAGAUAUUGACUGGGAAUAUCCUGUUGCCGAGGAUCGCAGUGGUCGCAAAGCUGACUUCCAUAACUUUCCCAAGUGGAUGAAAAACCUCCGCUCGCAGCUACACAGCAGCGGCAAAGAAUAUGGAUUGUCUUUGACGCUGCCCGCCAGCUUUUGGUAUCUCCAACAUUUUGAUGUCAAGGAACUGGAGGACGCCGUCGACUGGUUCAAUAUCAUGACCUAUGAUAUCCAUGGAACAUGGGACAUGAACAAUACUUGGGUUGGACCCUUUCUUAACCCCCACACUAAUCUGACUGAGGUUAAGGGUGCUAUGGAUCUCUUGUGGAGAAAUGAUAUUGAUCCCAGUAAGGUCACCAUGGGCCUGGCGUUCUAUGGGCGGGGUUUUACCCUAGCGUCUCCCGACUGUGCUGAACCUGGUUGCACAUAUCUCUCCGGAGGAAAUGCAGGACAGUGCAGCGAGACCAUUGGAUUUUUGCUGAACUCUGAGAUUCAAACUAUCAUUGACGACAACAAUCUGACUCCAAAAUUCUACGAAGAGGAUGCAGUAAAGGCUGUAUCAUUCGGCGACCAAUGGGUCUCGUAUGAUGAUGCAGACACAUUCAAGAUCCGCGGAGACUUUGCAAAAUCCCAAUGUCUGGGCGGCGUCAUGGUCUGGGCUAUCUCUCACGAUAACAACAACCAUUCCUCUGCCAAAGCACUGACUAGAGGUCUUGGCCGCGAACGUAUGGACUUCCCCGACUACCCCAAAGCUGUGUCUACCUCCUCGACAGCAUCAGACUCAUCAGCACAACUGUCUUCUCGGUCACUCACCAAGCGUGCUGACAAUGACAAAAAUGUCGAUGUUUGUGGAGCAACUGCGGAGAAGACUGCCCAGGUGGAUGGAAACUAUCCCGACUUCGUCUUCGCUAGUUCUAACGGGGCGGGUGGUGAACAAGUUUGUCAUACCGGCGCCAAAAGCUUCUGCUGCAAGAAGGAUGCUACUCCUUGGCAGUUCAAAAAGUGCGAUUGGAAGAAGAAGGCUACCCAUCGCAUCAAAUCUGAUGUCUUCUGUGAAGCCUCGUGUCCAGAUGGGUCCACACGUUUGGGCAUGCAUAUGGGAGACUGUAUGCUCAGCUGGGAAGCUUACUGCUGCGAGGGAGAUCCUCCAGUCAUCUCCAAGCCCGAAGAGGAUGACCCUGGCAACGAUGAUAAUGACGAUGAUGAUGAUACCAAGGCUAUUGAGCCGAGAGACCCCAAGCAACAAUACUACUCGCAGUACAAAUCUUUGAUCGAGCGCUAUAUGACCGAGCCUGGGGCACCAGAUGACUGGCAGAGUUCCUCUUGGUCGGGAGACAACAAUGACGACAAAAAGAUAGGACUGUGGGACAAGCGUUCCAUUUUGGUCCUGGAGAGCUUUGAGUUGCUCAAUGCCUACACAGCACGCACAGUCGAAACGAUGCUUGAAGAAACCACCUAUCUCUGGGAUGUGGAUGGGCCCGCUGCUGAGUAUGGUGAGGCCUUCUUGAUUGAAUCUAUGAAUGGAGUGAUUGCAGACUCCGGCUACACACUCAACACGUAUGCCUACGUUAGUGAUAUGACUGCCAACCCCAACACCGCGAACGAUGGUAUGCAGUAUUUAAACAGCGCGGCGUCAUAUCUGUGCGAGGUGGCGGAUUCUUCUGGUAGUGCAAAACGCGAUCUAGAAGGCGGGUACAAAGGUGUUGAGAGAGGCACUUCCUUGGACAGGCGUCAUAUUAACGUUCUUGGUGCGUAUGGGAAUCUGUUGCUCUUCCAGCCUACCAUCGAAGACAUCCUAGAUGGCAUAUUAAACAGCGCAUUAACCUUGCAAUAUGCCCGCUGGGAACAUUACAACGACAAUAACCAUGGUGCACGAGCAGCGCAACCAGGGCCAUUCCUUGAGCUUGCCUAUUGGAUUGGUAGUACUGUUGGUGUACUAGGCUCUAAUGCCCAUGUGUACCAGGAAGACCCAUCUGAUCGUUGGGUCGUCUUCCAUAUUCAUACCAUCAAUGACGUUCACACUCACAUUCCCUCAGAAGACACUGAUAACCCCUUCAUGGGCGUCACUCACAUCACUGCCUACCACGGCCAAAGAGUAGGCCAGCGAUACCGGGGUGGCAAUCUGAGAAUCGAAAACCGAGAUACGAGGAGACACAAUGAUGGCUCAUACGUCGGCAACACGAGGUCAUCGCCUAUGGAAUGCCCGACUGACCAAAGGUGGUACGUGGGCAGCCUGGAGAUGGAACAAGUGCCGUUGGAAGAACACAUGUAUGCGGUCACUCUGCAACAAUGGGGUGAGAGCCUUCGGACCAUGGGUUACCUUGCAAGGGAGGGGUAUUCGGUUCUUUAUAACGGUUUCGCCCCAGACUACACGAAUUAUCGGCGAAAUGGACGCGGGAUUGGAGUGAACUUCCUCAUCUACUCCACUCUUGUUAACGACGUGAGAUACUUAUCCGUCCAACGAAUUGGCGAUGCUGGGCUUCAGUAA